UGAAAACGCUGGGCAGACGGACUGAGUGUUGCGGCGGCGUGAUUUAAUCCAGUGAUCGUGUAUAAUGGCUGCGAUCAGAAAGAAGCUGGUGGUGGUCGGGGACGGCGCGUGCGGCAAGACGUGUCUCCUGAUCGUGUUCAGUAAGGACGAGUUCCCUGAGGUCUACGUGCCCACGGUGUUUGAGAACUACGUGGCGGACAUCGAGGUGGACAGCAAGCAGGUGGAGCUGGCACUGUGGGACACGGCCGGCCAGGAGGACUACGACCGGCUGCGACCCCUGUCCUAUCCGGACACAGACGUCAUCCUUAUGUGUUUCUCUGUGGACAGCCCUGACUCACUGGAAAACAUCCCUGAGAAGUGGGUUCCCGAGGUCAAGCACUUCUGUCCUAACGUUCCUAUCAUAUUAGUGGCCAACAAGAAGGAUCUGCGCAAUGAUGAGAAUGUGCGCAAUGAGCUGGCACGGAUGAAGCAGGAGCCGGUGAAGGGCGAGGACGGGCGCGCCAUGGCUGUGCGCAUCGGUGCCUACGACUACCUCGAGUGUUCAGCUAAGACUAAAGAAGGCGUCCGGGAGGUGUUCGAGACAGCCACCCGAGCCGCGCUGCAGAAAAGAACGACGCCCGCGCCGGGAUGUGGUCAGUGCUGCAAGCUGCUCUGAACUGCUCUGGCUAAACUGAACUCUUCUCAGAACACUGACCGAUCACGACGCGUCCUGCUCCGGCGCUACACGAACGCACACGCAGAACAGUAGCUGUGGCUGUAAAAAUGGGCGCGUCUCCUGUUUGUGAAGUAUUGAGUCCCUCUAAAGCCCACUGACAGGGAGACGGGACACUGAUUUGCCCCCUUUGCUCGUUGCAUUAUGGGAUCAGACGGCUGGGGGUCGAUGGCAAACUUACUGGUCUGCUGCAAGUCCGACAAUGCGGUUUACAGCUUUGAGCAACCUUCUUAGACAUUUAUAGGGUCAAAAUUUGAUGCCUUGGGUUUUCUUGCUCCCAGGCAUGACUAGAAAGAUCUUGAAAGUGUUGCUUACACUGAAACUGAUGCCACACAGACCUGCAAAAGCUUGAAAUACAUGAGGAUGGAUGGAUGGAUGGAGUUGGGGAUGUGGGUGGUCAGGGCUCGGGGCUGUUUCAUUGUGCUUUGCUCAAAAUUCAACUUGCUUUUAAAUCACAGCCAGUGAAGUGUGUGUGUGUGUGUGUGUGUGUGUGUGUGUGUGUGUGUGUGUGUAAAAUUAGUGCAUUAAAAUGUUCCCAUACAGAUCUCUCAUUCUCACACACACACACUUUUUUUUUUUUUUUGCACUGGGUUACAAUGCAGUCCAAAUGUACAUAAGGUUUAAAUUAUUCUUUUUGCUAAUCUUCUGAGGUUUUCAAUGCCAGGUCUAUCUACCAUGAGCAGUAUAAUCAACUGCACUGAAAGAAAUUGCCGUUUGUUGUCUGAAAAGUGUUCGAUACCACCGAAGAGGCACACAGCUUAAGACAAGAUUUACAAUAAAUGCUUCCCCCACACACACACUUCUUAAUGUCUGUGGUACUUUUAAAGUUUGUUUUAAAAUUAUGUUCAUGGUUCAUAUAGUAAGCUACCAAGUUUACAUAAACCCAGCAAGUAUUUGACAUGAAUGAAUGUUUUACAGGAAAUUAAAAAAAAUAUUAAAUGUGUCAUGUGUGUAUAUAUAAGUGUGUCUUGUGUUUAUGUUGACAGAAGCCUUCAGGCUUCAGUGGUUGUGUGUAGUGUAUUUUUUUUUUUUUUAAAUCUUGUGGCUUUAACUGUAUAACUGGUUUUACAGUAAUAAAAAUUGAAAUAAAACAAGA